AUGCAGAUGAACUCUAUGAGUGCUGCAGGUCCCGACGGCUUCUCUAGGGCUUUCUAUAAGACUUGCUGGGACAUCAUUCAGGAUGAUGUAGUCGGCAUGGUACGGAGCUAUUUUGCCGGAAGGGACUUCACUAGAGCUAUCACGCACACGUCCAUUGUGCUAUUACCAAAAAAACCGAGUCCAGGAACCUUUGCGGAUUAUAGGCCGAUAAGCCUGUGCAAUUUCAGUAGCAAGGUAGUCACAAAGCUGAUGGUAGUUCGGAUGGCUACAAUACUGCCUCGUGUGUUGUCGCCGCAACAGAGUGGAUUUGUCGCUGGUCGCUCUAUCACGGAUAAUGUCCUUCUGGCCUCAGAGAUGUGUCAUGGACUUAACCGACACAAUCGGGACAUAGUGCUUAAACUUGAUAUGGCCAAGGCAUAUGAUCGUGUGUCCUGGGUUUUCUUGACUGCGGUGAUGCGUCGGUUGGGAUUUAGUGAAGUUUGGAUCGAUAUGGUAUACCGAGCUCUAUCGAAUGUCUGGUACUCUCCGUCUAUCUGGCCCGAGUCUAUGACGAUUGCACUGUGCCUCGUUUCUCUCAGCCAGCCGCCGGGUACACCACAUAUCCAUCACCUGGCUUAUGCAGAUGACGUUAUAAUCUUUAGCACGGCCAGGCUUGGGGCAAUUGCGAAGGUCAUUACGGCUCUUAAGAGUUAUGAGGAAAUUUCGGGCCAACUAGUGAAUUUUCAAAAGAGUGCAUUCUAUAUGCACCCACAUACCCCGCACCGGGUAGUGGACAGUGUUCGCAGGGAAACCGGGUGCGUGCAUAAUGAGUUCCCAUUUACCUAUCUUGGGUGCCCGGUGUACACAGGGCGGAAAAAAUGCGUCUACUUUGCCAAGACGAUCGAUAAAGUCAAAGCUAAGUGUUUGAGUUGGCAACGAUGGCUUUUGUCCAAAGGGGGGAAGGCUACCUUGAUAUCGUCAGUGUUACAGGCUAUCCCGCUACACUUGUUUGCAGCCUGUGCGCCUCCCAAGCAAGUCGUUCGGGAUAUAGAACGGUGUUUUGCUAGCUUCUUCUGGAAGCAAUCGGGUGGGGCCCAGUACCAUUGGAGUUCGUGGAAGACGCUCUCCUUGCCUAAGAAGGAAGGGGGAGUUGGUUUCCUAGACUUAGACUUAAUGGUGCGAGCAGCCAGUGCGAAGCUGUGGUGGAACUUUCGCACUGACCACACUUUGUGGUCAGAUUUUAUGAGAGCCAAGUAUUGUAGGCGGAUCCAUCCGGUCGCCAAGGUGGCCCGGUAUUCUGAUUCGCACACAUGGAAGCGAAUGCUAGCAGUUCGUGAUGAGGUGGAGCGGGUUCUCAUGUGGCGCGUGUUCCAGGGCCGGGUUAAUUUCUGGUGGGAUAACUGGUCAGGUUUGGGGCCGCUCGAAAACAUGUUUCUCUUCCCGAGGGUUUCUUACUCUCGGGAGAUGCUCCUGGAUUACAUACAUGAUGGUGUACUUGAUUUGGCUGGUCAUGAGGAGUUGAUAUAUGCAGGGGUUGCCAUUGACUUGUCCAGAAUGGGCCAAGGCCCGAGGGAUACUCCUCUCUGGACAGCCGCAUCAGACGGUAUGUUUUCUUAUGCCUCAGCUAAGGCUUACUUAAGGCCUAUUUUGCCCAUUGCACCGGACCCACUUCUCGCUAAGUGUUGGCGUAAGCACCUUCCUUUUAAGGUGUCCUUCUUGGCUUGGAAAGUGCUCCGAGGGCGGAUACCCACGGAUGAUGCCUUAUCUCGUUUCGGGCAUGUGCUCGUGUCAAGAUGUAGGUGCUACCCAGCCCCGUCUAUUGAGACCAUUGCACAUGUUUUUUAUGAUGGGGAAACAGCAAAAAUUGUUUGGAGUUAUAAAUUGGCGUCCCUAGGCCUGCAGUCACGGCACCGGAGUCUUAGGACGUUAGUGGCUGGCUGCGGCCGGGGAGGGGCGCGUAACCCUUUAUUUUCUUUUGUUGUAAGCAGGUUGCCAUGCUUGGUGAUGUGGGAGCUAUGGAAGCACCGUAACGGCUGUAUGCUUGGUCGGGGUUCCCCGAGUGUUGCGCGAGUUAUGUUCGGGGUGGCUAGGGGGGUUGCGGAAUGCCUAUUCAGGCGUUGGCCUAUGCAGCAUAUCCUGCCCCCGAGCUGGAGGAUAAUAGUUGCAUAUCUGGAGGCACAUGUGCCGAGACGAGUGGUUAGGGCAGUCAGGUGGACCCCACCAGCAGCUAGAGCUCUUAAGAUUAAUGUAUCUCUUUCAGAAGCUGGAGAGGGGGACGCAGCCUUGGUGCGCAACUCAGUCGGCGGACUCUGCUAUGGGGUGGCGUGGUCUCGGCGAGGGGAGCAUACCCAAGGAUUAUUUCGGGUUUUGUUCUCCUGUCUACAGUGGUGCCUGGCUGGAGGAUAUGUGGAGAUUAUUAUGGAAUCCACGAUACAGGACCUGGGACGUUAUCUUGAUGUCUCGAUCCGGCCGCCGUGGGUGUUAGAUGAGGUUGUAUCCCGCCUCCGUUUCCUGUGUUCAUGUGGGUCUGUCUCUGCCAGUUUGUGCCCAUCAAGGGCUAACCUGCCGGCACAGGCCCUAGCUGAUUGGGCUGUUGCCGAGCCAGGAGAGACUUGUUUUACAUGUUUAGCAGAGCUCCCAUCCAGGGUGCGCGUUCUCAUUAUUGGUGACGAUGUGCCUUAUGUCUUCUUUGACGAAGAAGACCCACCCUGA